GGCAUUCUGUGCUCGGCUGGUUGAGCCUGAGAAGCGGGAUUGUUGUUACAUGUUGCAGCUCUUCUCGCCGGUAUGUCAGCCUGUUCUUUUUCAAUAUUUGACUUUAUAUUAAUGUUUUUCUCGUUUUUCUAACACAUGUGAAGCAACAAAAGCUACAUAUGUGUGACAAUGUAAAAUGAAGUGUAUCUUUCUGAGCUAAAUUAGCUAACUAGAGCCAUGGCAUUACCUAUAAACCCCCUGUCCUCACUGAUGAUACUCCAUGCAACAAAGAAAAGCUCCUAAAAAAAAGGUUUUCAUCGAGCAGCACCACUCCCGCCUGCAUCAUGACCGAGAGAGCCAACAAAGACAAACUCAGGCGAAGUUUGUCAUUGUCCAAGAGUAAGAAGAAAGGCAAUAUUAAAGCUGGGAUGUCUGCCAGUGCUGCUGUCACCACCACUCCCAUCACCUCGUUCUUCAGCUGCCAGCCUCCUCCUAAGCUGGCCUGCCCCCUGUGUGGCCAGCUCGUACCCAGAUUCAAGAUCAAUGAGCACAUUGAUUUGCAAUGUCAGAACUUUGAGAGAGGAGACAGCAGUGCCGCCUCAGCAAGUAAUAGUGUUGUGCCAAGCAUCCAGCUGUCACCCAGGAGGAAUCCCCCAAAGUCCCCAGAGCUGGAUCCAAAGAAGGGAGAUGAGGACAAAGAGACCAAGACCAGCCCUUAUUUCAAAAAGAACAUCUCCCAGCAGGCACCACGGGAGAUUAAAAGUAAAAGUGUGGUCAGGGUGAUUGACCUGGGAAGUCUGUCCUCUAAGUUAUCUAGGAGAUGUCAUGAGGUACCAGAGAGGACACAGAGUACGGAUAAACAUGCACCGAUGUGCCCUGAAAAGGAGAUGGAUUCUUCUGAGACACUCAGCAGCUCACAGAAAGAAAAUAUCGAGAGUUUAGAAGACAAAAACAAUUGUGUGACAGUCAUUGACCUUAGUGCAGACACUCCAGCAGCAGCGGAAGAUCCGUCACGUUCAGACAGAGGACGUCAUCUUGAACACAAACCAUCUAAAUCAGAGACUCCAAAGCUACGCUCUUCUUCCUCCAAGCAGUCAAAGAGAAAGAAGGGACCCACGUCCACUGGCAGGGUGUCUGAUUUCAGAAAGAAAGCAAAAUAUGAGGGGAGCAGAAGGGAGCCACAGGAGGUGUUGUCUGGUGAAAAUAUAGCAGGGACGACUGAUACAGACCAGCUUGAAACUGAGGAACCUUCUACUACUACUCCUCUGAGUUCAGAGGAAACAUAUGAGAAAAGUGCUGCAGCAAUCAAUAGUGAUUCACUGGUAGAGUCUGGUCCUGAGAGCACCACUAGUAGUGACCAAGCUGUCGAGAGCUCUCAUCCCCCAUGGCUUCCCUACUACCUCCGUAACUUCCGGACUGUACUACAGGCAGUCUUGGAGAACGAGGACGACAGGUCAUUGUUCAACCAGGAAGAUAUGUCACUCGUACAUGCAUUUGAGAAACUCUCAGUCAUGGGGCAGAAGCUGUACGUUAGACUCUUUCAGAGGAAACUAAAGUGGCUCCAGGUGAAUAAACUGGAUUAUGAAGAGAUAAGCAGUGAUCUGGGACCUGUUGCUCAGGAGCUGGUUCAAGGUGGAUUUCUACAGUCAGAGAGUGACCUUCAGGACUUGGGGGAGGCUCUGGAUCUCCUGCCUGCUCCUGAACUGAAAGCUCUGGCUAAGACCUUCCAUCUGGGCAACUCUGGGACUCAGAAACAGCAGCUAGUGGACGGACUUCUCCGUCUUAGCAGGCAAAAGUCCCUCUUCUCUCUGACCCCAGCUCAGAACAAUAUCGGGGCUGUCGUCCUCAAAAGGGCAAAGCAGCUGGCAAGUUCCUGUGUGCGCCUGUGUCGUGGUCCGCGGGCUGUCUUUUCUCGUAUCCUUCUCCUCUUCUCUCUGACGGACACCAUGGAUGAGGAGGAGAUGGCGGCUGGCGGGCAGGGCCAGCUCUACACCAUCCUGCUGGUUAACUCGGGACGCCUGGCCUUCCCAGACUACACGGUGCAGCGUGCAGCCAAGGUGUUCCAAGACAGAGAGGAUCUUAUCAGAUAUGAAGCAUCCAUGCGAGCGCUGCAAGAGGUCGUCUCAGCUAUGCAGGGAGGUCAGUGGGAAGAGGCCAUGGAGCUUUACGCUGCUGCCAAAAGUACCUGGCAGGAGCUGAGAGAAAACCAUGACCUCAGUCACCAGGAGGAGCUGCCUGUGUUCCUGCGCAGCUUCACUGCAGGGUGGGCUUACACUCGGAUCUUAUCCAGAGGGGUGGAGAUCUUGCAGAGGCUACGUCGUUAUGAGGAAGCAGUAGAGGAGCUGCAGUCUUUACUGCUGCAGUCCGUUUGCUGUCCUGACAGUCGAGGGCGAUGGUGGGACAGACUUGCACUAAACCUUCAGAAGUACCUAAAAAAACCUGAGCAAGCUAUUUGUGCUAUCAGAGAUGGGCUGUCGGACCCUCUGGUGCGGACUGGACAUAAACUUUCUCUCCAUCAGAGAGCUGUUAGGAUGAAAGAGUCUGCCAGCUUGAAGAAGUAUCGCCUGCAACUAAAAGACCUGCCAACUAUCCAAGUCCGAGAUGUCACACAUGUGACCAUCCGGGGACAGCUGUUCCCUCAUGAGGGGGGUAUGGGGAAAUCCAGGUUUCUUUUACCAACAAAUGGAGAGGGGGGAGAGAGUGAUGAUGCCACUGUAAUAUGCUCUGUGGAAGAGCUGUCUUUAGCACAUUACCGCCAACAAGGCUUUGACCAAGGGAUCCAUGGAGAGGGCUCAACAUUCUCAACACUGUUUGCUCUUCUGCUAUGGGACAUCAUUUUUAUGGAGGGAAUUCCAGAUGUUUUCAGAAAUCCCUACCAGACGUGUCCACUGGAUCUUUACACUGACUGUUUCUAUGAGAACAGAAAGGAGGCGAUUGAUUCUCGUGUGGAGCUACUCAGUGAGUCAUCCGUGGAGACUCUGCACGACAUGUUGGAAGAUGUCUGGACCACUCAGGAGGGUAAAUCGUGUUCACUGGUCAACUGGGAGCGUUUCUCAUCCCUUCAACAGGCCCAGUCUCUCGUGUCAUGCCUGGGUGGAGCCUUCUUAGGAGGGGUAAUAACACGAAUGUCAAAAGACUACAGACACUGCCGUGGAGGUUUGCCUGAUCUGGUGGUGUGGAACACCUCAAACAACAGCGCCAAGCUGGUGGAGGUGAAGGGGCCCAACGACCGGCUGUCCCAGAAGCAGCAGAUCUGGCUGGAUGAGCUGCAGAAGCUGGGCGCUGACGUGGAGGUGUGUCAUGUGACGGCUAUUGGAGCCAGAGGAGCUCGUCUGGAAUAAAAACACACAGAAGAUCUGACUG